UUCGGCCAGUCGUGCUGUGGCGGCUGCAAUCGCGACGUCAUCCUCGCUCCCGUUGUCAACCACGCGAUGACUCCCGGAGGACGCAAGGACGAUCGUCCACGCGAGGGAUGAGACGUGUCCGCCCCCGGAAAAGCUUUCGGCUCUUAGCAAGCUCCCGCAAGAUUAUCCGGCGUCGAGAUUGCUCAAUGAAGAUAAUUGCCGAGGGAUGGGAUUAAAGAUGAGGCGGAAGGGUGUCUCCGAGUUACGUUGAGCCGCUUAAAAUGAGUCUUUCUUCCUUCCCCUCGAUCACCCCUUUCUCGAGUCCGUGAAUUCUUGAUAGUCGCGUAACUCGGGGCUAACGAGACGGCGGGUUCCCGAAGAAUAAAUCCCGAGAGAGUCGCGUCGAGGGCGGGAAAACGAAGGAGGCGACGGGGAGCUUCCUGCCGGAAUUCAAAGUGGUAUGCGAGAAGUGCGUUUUACCGAUUUGACACGAUGGAACGAGGGCGACGCAUCCGUGGCUGGACGUUCGCGGGAUUCCACGAAGUAAUCCGCGAAGUGUAGUAAUCGCGAAGAAGCGAUUCCGCUUCCGUCGUCUCGCGGCUCGCAGUGGCGGAUAGUGCGUUCUCUCAGCUGAUCGGAUCGACGGGAACAUCGCUCGCGCAACAUUCGUCAGAUGCCGAAGAACAGUUGAUUCGGCGGAAAAAUGCGAUAGUGGUUCGAUAUAUCUCGCGGUCUAGCUUCAAAUUUCAGAACGGAAGCGCAAGGAAAAACAAGCGCGGUAAUGCACUCCCGUCGGUUUCCUCCGAUUCUCAAUCCGAUUUUCCUUUGUUCCAAAGCGAAGCUCUAACGAGCAUAAUCGCGGCGGGAUUCGCGCGGGAAGAAAGUGAAAGACCGAAGCGAACGAGAGGGAAAGUCGCGGGAUCGGAUGCGCCGUGAUGUAGAACCGAAACGAGCGAGCUGUCGUUGUUUCUUGCCUUGCGAGGAUCGAUCGCGGGCAAUUAGCGCGCGACGCAGCCGGAAAGUGUGCAGUUAGCUGCAAUUACGACGGCUUUAGUUUGUAAUCUUCCGACUUACACGAUGGUUAGCGAGCAGACACGGAACAAUCAAUAGGACGAUUCGUGGAUCCGAACUGGUCAGAUCGAUUUGUCAUGAAAACUACAUCGCCGCAAUCAAGAGCAAAGUGCAAACCAAGAGAAGAUCUAGUCACUGAUGAGUUCCUAAGUAGAAUCGCUGGACUCCAGAUGGACCGACGUUCUCGUCACGAUGAAGAACUUCAUCGAGGAUUCCAGCGGAACCUCAUCAGUCCUUAUGUCCGGCUGGUGCCUUUAUCUUGAGUCCGAGUGCGCGGAAAAUGAAGAAGAUCAGGAGCAGCAAAGCGGUCGCGUCACGUCGUCGAACUGGGUCGUCGUCACUUUGAAAUUCAAAACAAGACUCCGAUAUGCCGAGGCUAUCUCGGAUUUAAAAUCGGAUCGCCACCGCCACCACCGCUACUACCACCACUGUCGCCAUCAACAUCAUCACCACACUCGAUUUCGGUCUCGAAAUUGAAUCCGUUUAACGAGUCGAAAAUUUACUAUUUGCGAAAAGGAGGGGUUGCGAGGUGAAAAAGUACUGCGUCUCGGCGAGAAUAUUCAUAAAGAAGAGAGCGAGAAGAAGGAUUGCGUGUUCCAAUAAGGGCGUCAAAAGGAGGAAGGGUGAGUCGGAUCUCGACAGAGGGAAUAUAUUUCACAAAAGAAGAGGAAGAAUUCUAAGCUUAACAGAGUGGUAGCUCGAGCAGGAGGUUCUCGAUGGCCACGACGACACCGAGAUUGUCGAUGCUGACGUCGAAGCCGACGACAACGCCGGAUGCCUCUUCCGGAAGCUGAGUCUCCUCGCCCGAUAAUCGGUCGUGUCAAUUUCGGAGGCAUCUGUAGAAACAACAGCAGGAAGAUCCGUGAUAAUUGCAUCGGCUGCUUUAAAGCCACUGUGCGCCCUUAAAAGCUUCCCAUUUUCUUCCGAUUGCUAUUCGCGUAAGGGACGAGUUUCCGUCCUAGAAAGGAAAUAGGAAAGAGGACUUGGCGGAGACUUGAGGAAUAAUAUAUGACAAAAGUGGCCAGAUAAUUCGAGAAUAGAAAACAAAGGAAAACGCUCAGGGGUGAUUUAAAUAUUGCAAGAUUGAUGCCGAUUCUCCUAGGACUGUCAGAUUUCUCGUUUGCUCAAAAGGGAAGGAAGCAGAAACGGGAAGUCGUCGGAAACUGGAAUAAUACAUAAAUAACCGGAGGAUAUUCAGAAUAGAGAUAGAGAGGAGAAACGCUCGGGGGUGAUCUGGGAACGAUCGUAAAAGAAGUCGACGUUGAUUCUCUCGGGACUGUCGACUUUAUCGUUUGCUUUAUCGAAGGGAUGCGGAGGCAAGUGGGUACCGUCCGGUCGUGCGAUCGAAGGGGUCGAAAAGCGGAAGUUCGCGGCCGGCAUCGCGCGUGUACAUCAGAAUCAAUGGCGGGGAAUCUGGGUUUCUCGUACAGCGCGAAUCGAGGAAGCGUCCCUCCCCGCCGCAUCUCGAACGCGUUGAUACCGAAAUAAUGGGAUUGUACGGAGUAAUGGACCGAGGAUUACUCAGUCUCUAGGACGUUCGCGCUCGGUUCGAAACAGGAACCUCGCUCUAAUCGAUGUAACGGCCAGCGCGAGUGGACGCGAAUCGACGUGCCCGUUAUUCCUGAGGCGCUACAGGGACACUCGAGGACAGUGCGACAGCCGGCUAAGCUAAGAUGCACCGGUGUGUGUCCUGGCCGUUCCUGCUCGUUAUCUUAUCCCUGCUGCGGUUGUCGAGGGUGUCGGUGGUGCAGUCGCACGCGGCGCACAGCGAGGCGGUGCUGAUCCCAGGCGACAUCGUCCUGGGUGGACUGUUUCCGGUGCACGAGAAGGGCGGCGGUACCGCGUGCGGACCCAAUAUCUACCACCGGGGUGUGCAGCGCCUCGAGGCGAUGAUGUUCGCCGUCGAUCAGAUCAAUCGCAACAACGCGAUACUGCCGGGCAUCACCUUGGGCGUGCACAUCCUCGACACGUGCGGCCGCGAUACGUACGCGCUCAAUCAGAGCCUGCACUUCGUCCGCGCGUCCCUGUCCAACAUCGACAUCAGCGUGCUCGAGUGCGCGGACAAAUCGUCGCCCCGGGUGAAGAGGACCGCCAGCGCAGGGCCCAUCUUCGGGGUGAUCGGGGGUUCCUACAGCUCGGUUUCACUCCAGGUGGCGAAUCUGCUGCGGCUCUUCCAUAUCCCGCAAAUAUCGCCCGCUUCGACCGCCAAGGCGCUGAGCGACAAGACCAGGUUCGACUACUUUGCUCGAACGGUGCCGCCUGAUACCUUCCAGUCGAUCGCGCUGGUGGACGUGGUGAAGAGCGCCAACUGGUCGUACGUCUCUACCGUGUACUCCGAGGGUAGCUACGGCGAAUAUGGUAUUGAGGUGUUCACGCGCGAGGCUACGGAACGCAACGUAUGCAUCGCGGCGGCACUCAAAGUGCCCAGCGCCGCAGACGACAAGGUCUUCGACGACAUCAUCCAGCGGUUGAGCAAGAAGCCUAACGCUCGCGCGAUUGUUCUGUUCACUCGGGCGGAGGAUGCCCGUGGUAUCCUCGACGCCGCGAGACGAUCGAACCUCAGCCAGCCGUUUCAGUGGCUAGCCAGCGACGGCUGGGGUCGGCAGAGUAAGCUGGUGGAGGGUCUCGAAGAGGAAGCUGAGGGUGCCAUCACCGUCGAGCUGCAGUCGAAGAAGAUCCCAGGCUUUGACGAUUACAUGGAGUCACGCACCCCAGAGAACAAUCGGCGGAAUCCGUGGUUCGGCGAGUACUGGGAGGAAGUGUUCGGCUGCACCCUGAGACGGAACGUGGCGAACCUGGAGCGUUUCAGUCAGCAGGGCAGUUGGAGAACCAGCUCCGGCAUUGUUGGCAAUCAGAGCCUCACCAUUUGUUCGUCCAAGCUGAGACUGACCGAGGCGAGCGGAUACGAGCAAGAGUCGAAAGUGCAGUUCGUGGUGGAUGCGGUAUACGCGUUUGCCCUGGCGCUCAACAAUCUGCGCCGCGAUUUGUGCGGCCGUGGCAGCGAGGGCCUGUGCUCGUCAAUGGCGAACUAUGAUCGCGGCGCGUUCUAUAGGAAUUAUCUGCUGAACGUGUCCUUUUUCGACCCCGCCGGCAGUGAGGUAAAGUUCGACGAGCACGGAGACGGCCUGGCGCGAUACGAGAUCCUCAAUUUCCGAAAGGGGACAAACAACAAUGGGGCGAACGGCUAUCACUAUCGGGUGGUGGGCAAGUGGUACAAUUCCCUGGACAUUCGCACGGAGGAGUUAGUAUGGGCGCGCGGCACGAAGGACAUACCGAUCUCCGCGUGCUCGCUGCCCUGCGAGCCAGGUAUGAUAAAGAAGCAACAGGGUGACACUUGUUGCUGGGUGUGCGACCAGUGCGAGGCGUACGAGUUCGUCUACGACGAGUACACCUGCAUGGACUGCGGCCCGGGCCUCUGGCCGCACCCUGACAAGCGAGGGUGCUACCAGCUACCGAUCAAACAUAUCAGAUGGAGCAGCGCCUUCGCUAUUGCGCCCGCGGUGAUAUCUUGCUUAGGAAUCGUAGCGACCUUAGCAGUGGCGUGUUUGCUCUUCCAACACCGUGACACACCGGUGGUCCGAGCUUCUGGACGGGAACUCACAAUAAUCCUGCUGGCGGGCGUGCUCGUCUGUUAUCUGAACACUUUCGUGCUCCUCGCCACCCCGACCACGGCGAUUUGUAUCCUGCAGCGCUUUGGGGUCGGUGUCAGUUUCAGCGCCGUGUACGGCGCCCUGCUCACCAAGACCAACAGGAUUGCCAGAAUCUUCGAUUCAGCCUCAAGGUCCGCCGUACGACCACGCUACAUCAGCCCAACCUCGCAGGUCUGCGUUGCUGCCGCGCUGAUCGCCCUCCAAGUGGUGAUCACGCUGAUCUGGAUGAUUAUCGAGCCGCCGGGCACCAGGUACUCGUACCCGGACCGCCGCCAGGUGAUCCUCAAGUGCAACAUCCAGGAUAUGAGCUUCCUAUUCUCCCAGCUGUACAACGCCGCGCUGAUCCUCGUCUCGACCGUGUACGCGGUGAAGACGCGCAAGAUCCCGGAGAACUUCAACGAGAGCAAGUUCAUUGGCUUCACCAUGUACACCACGUGCAUCAUCUGGCUGGCGUUCGUGCCAAUCUACUUCGGCACCGGAAACGCCCAUGAGACGCAGAUCACGACCCUCUGCGUGGCGAUCAGUCUGAGCGCGUCCGUCACCCUGGUCUGCCUGUACUCGCCCAAGGUCUACAUCAUCGUCUUCCAGCCGGACAAGAACAUACGCGGCAAGGUCUACAUGGGCAGCACGUUCAAGAAGCAGGGCAGCAGCGCCGGCGCGUCAUCCGUGACGAAAUGUGAGGACACAGGCUGCGAAACGGCGAGCGAGAACGUGCCCCUGCAGAGCGCCCUGACCGCGGCGGUGCGGACGUCCGUGGGGGUCACCGAGAUCUCGCUAACGUCCAGCACCACCAGCAAGACCAAUAACGAGCAAGUGGCGCAAUUGUAGACUGCGUAGCUGCAAGCCGCACGCAAAGUCGCGAUGAAGUCGCGAUUCAAUCGCCGAGCGCGUCACAGUGCUCGGCGGCGAUCGACGUUAGGCAAGGGUUGCUGACGUACAUUUUUUUUUAUUCUUCCCAUUUACCGUUUUUGAAUUUCUUGAACCUGAUCGAGGAGAUUAGCGCAUCAACGAGGACGCCGAGCAUCCUGUGCGUUGCGAUUAUCGUUAUCGUUUGUAAUGUCUAUUGUCGAUUGGUCAAUUAAGAGAGAAAGCGAGCAAGAGAGAGAGAGAGAGAGAGAGAAUGUCAUUAUAUCAUGAUCGCUGUUGUCGUUAUUGUUACUGUUGGUCCCCAUGUGCAUAAAUUACACGACACGCAUGACACAGCCAUAUAUAUAGAAAUGCACACUCGUAAGAAGAUACGCGUGCACAUAUAUGUACGUGCAUUUAACCGAGCAAGUGUAUACUGAGUGAUCCAUAAUUCUAGUCGAGCACCUCAUCCGAUAGUAUUUUAUUAAGAGUGCGCAUGCGAUCUCGCGCGUCGAUUUUUAUUUAUUUGUUCGCUUUUGUCGGACGUGCAACUUCCUGUGCGAGCGCCUUUUGACGAGAUAAUCGUAAGAUAUCACACACAUACAUACACACACUUACAUACACACACAUAUACACAGUGGACAAUAAAAUAAAAUAAAUCUACUUGAUGCGGACGCGAUUGCCGAUCGCCCCGAUUAUCAUGAGAAAGUCAAUCGAGAAUGCAUUUCGACUCGGUUGUUUCUCCAAUCUCUUCCCCCCCCCCCUUACCCUUCCCUUUUCAUACGUAUUAUACAAUGGCCCAUGAAAGUGCGAUCAAAUGUCUCGAAAAUCUGCAGAAAUUAUUUAGAAAGGUAUUAUUUUGAAAAUUAUAUAUAUAUUUUUUUUCAGUAACUCUCGUACAAGUGAACAAAUUUCUCUUUAUGUACAAAAAUAUCAGCUCUCUCGUCCCACCUUUCCUGUAUAUAUCGUUAUAUUAAAAGGUUUUAUGGAAUUUUCAUGACAUUUGAUCAAUUUCGCGAAUAAAACUGUGAGAGAGAAAGAGAAAGAGAAGCGUUAUUACUGUACGUUAUUACUGUACGGCGAUUAAAUCGCUCGACUCCCGUCGAAGCCAAAGCGAGGUACAAAAAAAAGAGAAAAAAGAAAAAAAUAUGAUAUCUUUUCUAUUGUAAUGAACGUGGUGAGAGAGACAGAUCGGACCCGGAAUAAAACAAUAAUUGAAUAGC